AUGACCCCAUGGGGUAACAAUCCUGGAUCCGCCACUGCACGUGGACUAACCCGCUCAGAUAACACAAAGGAAGUUGAGGAACAACAUGCACUGCCAAUGCCCCAUCCUUUCGAUUCCCUUUCCUUCUCAAAAAUCACAAACCCUCUCAUUGCGGGUGUCCAGGGUUUGAUCUCAUCUCAUGCAAGUUGCAACAACCAAAAGCAAACCAUAAUUCUCACUCUCCCGUCUUCCGAGGACUUCAUCGUCCAAAACAUCAACUACAAGGACCAAAGGGUAACUGUCAACAACCCCAAUAACUGCCUCCCUCGAAGGUUUCUCAAACAUGACUUUAAUCUUACAGAUUCACCCUUUGAUUUCGCGACCGGCACUGAGAACUACACGUUCCUCAAUUGCUCGUACAAAGAUGUAGAAUGGGCUUCACCCAUCACAUGCCUCAGUAAUGACCAAUACAAGGUCCUUCUUGAGCCAACUUCGUCCGAGUCAUGGGCUCCUUGCUCUGUCAUUUCCACGGCUUUGGUUCCUUACUAUUCAUUUGACUGGUACGACCUUAAUGAGGUUGGUGUUGAGCUGGAAUGGGAGGUGCCUGAUUGUCGUUCUUGGGAAGCAAGGAAUCUUCAUUGCGGGUUGGAAACUCCUACAAGUUCGCCAGCUCAAGGCUUUGAUCAUUCUUCCAAAUUUUGGCUGCUGGGCAUCAUUGGGAUUGUAUUUUAUGUUAGUGACAAGAUCAGGGCUCAUGCACUUCUCCAGCAACAGCAACCCACCACAGAUAUGUCAAUCAACAUAACAGAUGGACAACCUCCCGUAGCCGUAAGCAGUCUGGCUGAUGCGAUCAUCGAGUCAUAUCGCAAGAUUGAGCUCGGUGAGACUUGGGAGUUGCUCUAG